AUGGACUUCUCUCACCAGUAUUUCGCGCAAGCACAGCCGUACCAGUUCAUGGGCAUCCCACCCCUAACGCCAUCCCAUUCAAACUCGGCAGGUUCAGACGACUUCAACACAACAUCUCCACCGGAUGUCUACGCCGAAUAUCCCAACGACCAGCAGCACUUCAAUAACUUUGAUAACUACGCUGCUGCCCAGCAGUUCAACCCCCAGCAUACAUCAUUCCCCGGCCCUCCUGGCCCUCCUGGCCCUCCGACACCACCGAACCAUGGCCUACCUGUGCAGCAGCCCGUACAACAGCAACGGACGCAACACAAUGGGAUGAGCGCUCCCCCGCCCCUCGACGAUCAUUCUCGUCGGGGGCAAUCGAAUUCGGACGAUGAAGAAAGCAUGACGCCCGCGCAAUCGAGGAGGAAAGCACAAAAUCGCGCCGCGCAACGCGCAUUCCGGGAACGAAAGGAGAGGCAUGUCAAGGACCUGGAGGCCAAGCUUGCGAACCUAGAGGCGGAAGCUCAACAAAAGUCGACGGAGAACGAACGGCUCAAACGCGAGAUGCAAAAGAUCAGCACCGAAAACGAGAUUCUCCGUGCAACCUCGUCGAUGAACGGCCACCACAGCUCUGCAUCACCAGAACCCCGGACGACAGGUCCCAUGCACUACAACCCGAAAGACUUCUACACAGACCUGCUAGCGCCGCACAACAACAAGACGCCGAGUCAUAGAGUCGCCAUUUCAUCCGACGGAGAACGCUUGCUGGCGGCGGGUGCUACGUGGGACUUCAUUAUCAGUCACCCGUUGUUUAAGAGAGGUCUGGUGGACGUCGGCGACGUGAGCGAAAGACUCAAGAAUCAAGCACGAUGCGACGGCCAGGGCCCCGUGUUUUCGGAGCGCUGCAUCAUCGAAGCCAUCGAAGGCAGCGUUGCGAGCGGGAGUGACGAAUUGCUCUAG